GCGGCGGCAACGGCGGCAGGCGCUCGAGUCCGGCGCCGCCUCCCGGCCGCACCGCCAGCAGGCAGCCGCCGCCCGGCCUUGCAGCUCUCCCCGCCUCCCCGCUCGCGGGGAGGGACCGGCCCGCCCUCCGCACGCCCGCCCGCCUGCCGGAGAGUGAGCGGCGCCGGGGCCGCCCCGCCAGCCCGGCGUUUCCCGGCCGCCGUCCGGGCGCGCGCAGCGAGCGGGCGCGACUAUGCCAAGAUGGUCUUGCAGGCGCGGAACAAGCACCGGGAGGCGGCCCCUAAGCCGCCCCAGCCGCCCCGCGCCUCGCAGUCACCGCUGAGGGGGUCGCCAGAUGUCGGCGCCGGGGAGCCCGGGCCCGAGCGCGCGCCCCCGUCCCCUCGGCGCAAGGGCGCCGCGGGCAGGAAGGGGCCCAGAGCCGAGUCCGCCGCGCCACCCGCCGGGGGCGGCCUCGGGGGGCGCUUGGCGGCCGGGCUGCGCGGGGCGCUGGGCCUGCGGCGCUCGGGGCGCGGCCGAACCUGGACCACGCUCCUGCUAGCUGCCUUUGCAGCAGUGUUGCACUGGAGUCAUAUAACACACCUCUUUGAAAAUGAUCGUCAUUUUUCUCACCUCUCAACAUUGGAAAGAGAGAUGGCUUUUCGCACUGAAAUGGGACUGUAUUAUUCCUACUUUAAGACUAUUGUGGAAGCACCCUCAUUUUUGAAUGGAGUAUGGAUGAUUAUGAAUGAUAAACUGACUGAAUAUCCCCUUGUUAUUAAUACAUUAAAAAGGUUCAAUCUUUACCCUGAGGUAAUCUUAGCCAGCUGGUACAGGAUUUAUACCAAAAUAAUGGAUUUGAUUGGUAUUCAAACCAAGAUAUGUUGGACGGUUACCAGAGGAGAAGGACUCAGCUCGAUUGAAAGCUGUGAAGGAUUGGGAGAUCCUGCUUGCUUUUAUGUUGCUGUAAUUUUUAUUUUAAAUGGACUAAUGAUGGCAUUGUUCUUCAUAUAUGGCACAUAUUUAAGCGGCAGCCGUUUAGGAGGCUUGGUUACAGUGUUGUGCUUCUUUUUCAAUCAUGGAGAGUGUACCCGUGUGAUGUGGACACCUCCUCUUCGUGAAAGCUUCUCAUAUCCAUUCCUUGUACUUCAGAUGUUGCUUGUGACUCAUAUUCUCAGGGCUACGAAACUUUACAGAGGAAGCUUGAUUGCACUCUGCAUUUCCAAUGUAUUUUUUAUGCUUCCCUGGCAGUUUGCUCAGUUUGUACUUCUUACUCAGAUUGCAUCAUUAUUUGCACUCUAUGUUGUGGGAUACAUUGACAUAAGCAAGUUACGGAAGAUCAUUUAUAUGCACAUGAUUUCUCUUGCACUUUGUUUUGUUUUGAUGUUUGGAAACUCAAUGUUAUUAACUUCUUAUUAUGCUUCCUCUUUGGUAAUUAUUUGGGGUUUACUGGCAAUGAAACCAUAUUUCCUGAAAAUAAAUGUAUCUGAACUUACUUUAUGGGUUAUCCAAGGAUGUUUUUGGUUAUUUGGAACUGUCAUACUAAAGUAUUUGACAUCUAAAAUCUUUGGUAUUGCAGAUGAUGCUCAUAUUGGCAACUUAUUAACAUCAAAAUUCUUCAGUUACAAGGAUUUUGACACUUUACUGUAUACAUGUGCAGCAGAGUUUGACUUUAUGGAGAAGGAGACUCCCUUGAGGUAUACAAAGACAUUAUUGCUUCCAGUUGUUCUUGUUGUGUUUGUUGUAAUCAUUAGAAAGGUCAUUAGUGACAUGUGGGUUGUCUUAACUAAACAACAGACACAUAUAAGAAAACACCAGUUUGAUCAUGGAGAGCUGGUUUAUCAUGCAUUGCAACUGUUAGCAUAUACAGUCCUUGGUGUUUUAAUUAUGAGACUAAAACUCUUCUUGACACCCCACAUGUGCAUUAUGGCUUCCUUGAUCUGCUCAAGACAGCUAUUUGGAUGGCUCUUUUGCAAAGUGCAUCCUGGUGCUGUUGUUUUUGCUGUGUUAGCAGCAAUGUCAAUACAAGGUUCUGCAAAUUUACAAACCCAGUGGAAUAUUGUAGGGGAAUUCAGCAAUUUGCCACAAGAAGAACUUAUAGAAUGGAUUAAAUACAGUACUAAACCAGAUGCAGUGUUUGCGGGUGCCAUGCCCACAAUGGCAAGUGUUAAACUCUCCGCACUUCGGCCCAUUGUGAAUCAUCCACAUUAUGAAGAUGCAGGUUUAAGAGCCAGAACGAAAAUAGUAUAUUCAAUGUAUAGCCGAAAAGCAGCUGAAGAAGUGAAGCGAGAAUUGAUAAAGUUACAAGUGAAUUACUACAUUCUGGAAGAAUCGUGGUGUAUAAGAAGAUCCAAGCCUGGAUGCAGUAUGCCUGAAAUCUGGGAUGUGGAAGAUCCUGCUAAUGCUGGGAAACCUCCCUUAUGUAACCUCUUAGUAAAGGAGUCCAAGCCUCACUUCACCACUGUAUUCCAGAACAGUGUUUACAAAGUCUUAGAAGUUAUAGAGGAGUGACUGCUGCCUACAGAGAAUUCCACCAGCAGAUUAACCUCAUUGUGGAUUGUCCUUGAGACCUGAGUCCUCGGGGCUGGUUUCCGGUGCCCGCUCCGGGGAGCCACUGAAGAGCUCUUCUCUUUCUGCCUUCUCUCCAGAGCCCAAGGACAAGCCUGGUCUGGGGGAAGCACUAGCUUGCUUAGAACAGACAGCUGCCAAGACAGCCCAGGCGGAGGCACGUGCAGCCCCCAGCCUGCCCCAGAGCCCGCCUUUCCCAGGGAGCCUCCUGCUGGCCGAGAUGGUCAGUGACUUCAGGUGCCUCUCCCUCUUUCUUGCUCACUGGGUGACUAAUUUCUUGGUCUUGGUCUUCAGCCAGUUUUAGAAAACAAGGAAGCAUCUGGGGAGUUUGGAUUAGGAGUAGAAUUUAAGCAGUGAUGCAGCAAUGCAGAAAAAAGGGAAGCGGGCACUUGAGGCCUGAGAGGAUGAAAGCCAGCAUGGGUGGGAGAGGAGAAGUGUGUGAUCUGCUCUAUUUCCCACUGUUUCUCAUAGAAGUGUGUUUUGUACAUCCAGCAGUUCCUAUUUUUUUAACUUUACUUUUAAAGUCAUUCUCUAUUUUUCCCCACCUUUAAAUAAUCCCCUUCCCAGUAAGUUUACAUGUAAUUAUUUGAAAUUCCACAUAGGAAAAACAUUAAAAUAGUGUUAUAACUGUCUUAUAUGCUGGGAAAAGAUAAAAGUAGUCAAAUUAGGGUUUUUUUUUUAAUUAUUAUUUUCAGAAGACUCCUUUCAUAGCAGUAUUUAUUCAUGUAGCUCCACCAGCAAGCUAUGAUUAUGUUUUAGGCCAGUCAGUUUAGAACAGACGCCCUGGGCUACGCUGCACACUCGGCCUUGGUCACAUCUGUAGCAGGCGGUGCUGAAGGUUAUAAAUAUCUUUUAUGGCAACACAGAGUAGUAGUAGGUUCGAUAUACAUGAUAAACAGUAUUAGAGCUCAGUAUUUUAUGCAUUUUUAGCAUUUAAAAAUAUUUUUGCUUUAGUGUGAGGAAGGUUAGGAUGGGCAGGGCAGUGACAAAAAUAGCUAUUGCUAUGACAUUAGGAAAGGGGAAAAAAAGUUGGGACAGUAUUCCUAAAAAAAGAUAAGCCUCUUAAAAGUGCUUAGUAGAAACAGUGUAGUGUUAAAAUAGGACAAUGAUACUAAGGAGAAAAUGAAAGAAUGUUAUCAGGAGUAAAUUGAUAAUGCAUACGGGAAUUGUAUUUUUAUGAAUUUUAUGCCAGUUGUUUACAUGUACUAUGUAUGUUAAAUAAAAAAGAUCAUGAAAAUAUG